AAUUUCAAUACUAUAGCCUCUUCUCGGAAAAGAGGUGGAGGCUGAGCAUGGCGGCUGUGCUACUGUGCUACUGAAAGUGGUGGCCUAUCACCCAUCAAAUCGUAUUUGAAAUUGUAGAAAAAGAAAAAGAACGAUGGCUUUGCAAAAGUCUUCUAAAAUAUGGCUACAAACAUAUGCUAAUUUCAAUGUGAAACAUGGUAUAGAAAGAGUUUUAGGCCUACGGCCAUGGAGAAAUUGCAAAGUAAAUAGGGGUCAGAACAGUUCCAGUACUUUCAGAAAGAUAUUAGAGAACGAGAACUUCUUUACAAGGACAGAAGACUUUCAUUUUAGAGUAUUACCAGAAAUUAAACGACUGGCGUUAUUAUCAAGGUCACCCAGCCGCGACAGUGCCUUCACCUUCACAUCAAACCAUUUAACAUUGUUGGCGAAACUAGAACUUGUUGUGGCAGACAAGUGUAAUAAAUGUCUCAGGCGAUCCAUUUCUUACUCGGCACACCUGUACUCCAAAAAAGCUCAAAAAAGCAAAAGCAAAGGCAAGAAACUUUCACUUGCAAUGGAUGAUGCAGAAGGGAUUGUGGACCUGCAUAAUUUACAGCAAAGAAUGGAAGAGGUCCUUGAAGAAAUGAAUCAAGACCUUGCGACAAAAGUGCCACUUAGAAUUACAACAGGCUUCUUGGAUAAUAUUUUGAUUGAAAUUACCAAGGGAAAGAAAGUACCUUUGUAUCAAGUUGCACAAAUCAAAUCAACAAGUGAUUUUUUUCACGUAGAAAUCCAGGAUACAUUUCUCAAUGCAUCAAAAGUUAUAUCAAGUGCCAUAAUUGAAACAGGAUUCAACAUGCAACCAACUACCAAGGGCAAUACAAUUACAAUACCAAUACCAUUGUUCACACAUGACCAGCGGAACUCCAUUGAAAAAGUGGCAAAAGUUAUAGCAAACAGUGCUAAAGAUGGACUAAGAAAAGUCAGACAGAAAGGAAUGGUUCAAAUCCGUAAUAACAAAGAAGGCCAAUCCAAAGACUUCAUACGGCGAAUUGAAAAUCAGGUACUAAGCAUUAACCAUCAGGCCUGGCUGUUUGAGGUGAGCGAUAGCUCGCGCUCGCCUCCAUGCUCCCCUCGCAACCUGAGGUGCAGCAGCUGACAGAUCAUUACACAGAAAAAGCUGAGAUGGUUCUUGAGCAAAAACUUAAAGAAGCUAAUAAGAAAAAAUGAAGAUUUAGCAAAAAUAUGUAUAUAUUCCAAUAAUGUAAGAGUAUUUUUGUGUUAAACUUUUGUGGCCCCUUGAAAAAGUGCAAAUAAAAUCAGAAAUAUAAGACCAAUUGCAUUGUCUUCUCGCCUCUUAUGAAAAUAAGUAAAACAAUGGAAUGGACUGAGAGUUUUCCUCCUCGAAUCCAUAACUAAAAUAAACCAAACAUAUCAAUGUGUCAACAUUUUGUAGAAUAUUUCUUUGCUUACCUGUAUCUGCAAGUUCAAAUUCUGGCCCAUCUAAUCCCUUUUCAUUAUUUCCACUCUCCAGAUGGCUGUAUGGAUAUUCAUUUUGAGGAUACUUGUAGAGAGCUUUCAUGUAAGAGUGGGUUGGUGUGGAGUCAAUGUAGUAGUAGUUUUCUUUCACAUCUUCACCAUGAUUGCCUUAAAAAAGCUUCACAUGUCAUUGUUUGACUAGCAUUUUAUUUGGGAGCUUCCAAUAUUAUACUCCCACAAUUCUUUAUUAGAACCAUUAAUAAAAUUGUCUCAAAGUCAAACCCUCUGUAUUAUGUUUAAAAUAUCAUCAAGUAGAAAGUCUAGCAUCAUAAAAUAAUCAAAAUCAUCAUUAAUGUUUACAGGUUUUAAAAUCCAUAAAAUUAUUGUUUGUCAUCUGUCUCAUUCACAACAUUCACAAUCAUGAUGAUUACAGGGAUGUGCCCUAUAUUUGCAUUAAGAGAAUGCAGGGUACAACCCUUACAUUUGGAAGUAAAAAAGGUUUUAUCAGAUAAUUUUCUAUCGCGGCUGGAGAAUUUCAAAGUUUUUACUAAAUUUCCAAUAAAAGUUUUAUUAUUGGAAUUAGGGGAACAGGUGCUCCCAGUAUCAGAAUGUUUAGUCUACAAAUAACAAUUUGCCUUCAGAAGAAAUUAAUGGGGCAGCCAAUGUUACCAUGUUUAAGACCUCAGACCAAGCCAAUAAUAAUUCGAAAACGGUGUGUCUUCUACACAGUGAAAUAUGGUAGUUCCUUUUUUUAUUAUUUUGAACCCACCCUUUAUUCUCAUAGCAGAUGUGCUGCUUUUAUGCCACUAAGUUGGUCUUGCAUUUAAUUUUAAGACAAAGCCAUACCUUGGGGGCCAGUGAGACCAAAUAGCCUUUCUUUUAGAAUAGCAUCCUUGCCAUUCCAUAAAGCCAAAGCAAAACAAAGUCUACAUUCUCUGUCAGUUAUUCCAAGUAGACCAUCUUCACCCCAUCUGUAGGCUCUGGACCUUGCUUGAUCAUGACUAAAGUAUUCCCAACUGAAAAUUAAUAUGAAAACCAGAGAUGGAAAAAAGCUUGAUGCUUUCAAAUUGAUAAAUUUUCUGGUAGUGAACAAAAUGAACUGAACCAAUUUCUGUCUCGUAAAGUCGAUAUGUAAGAAAUAAUGUCAUAGCAUGGGGCCACUUUUUUCUGAAAACCUAUGAGAGAUUUUGUAAUUUUUAACAACAUUUGAGGCAGUUCAAGGAGAUCUCAAUAUCAAGUUCUUUAGCUGUUUUAAUGGCCAUGGAUAAACUGAAACACAAAACUCCCUGUAUACAUUUGCCUUUUUAAACAGCAAAAUAUACAAAUAUUAUUGAACAAAAUAUUCCUCACAGGCUACAGCUAAAAUCUGCAUAAAAUAACCUGAAUUUCUUUAAGGUAGAAAAGACUUGAUAUUAACUUAUUCAUAGUGGUCCUUCUAUAGCAGGUGCUUAAUUGGAAGAAAAGUUUGAAGGUUCUGCAAGGCUUGCAGCUAUAAAUCUGCAGUUUUUUUAAGGAGUUUUGGCUUUUAAGUACAUGGCACCAUAGGAUUACCAUUUAUUGCUGGUUCUAACUUUAUAACUUGGAUAUAGCAUUGAUGUCUCCAAGAAACAAACCUAUCAAUUUGAUACAUGGUCGAAAAAUUCUUUCUACUGUGGACCUACACAAAACGUGACUAAAAAUCUUAUGCAAAUGCAUCCAGACCAAGCACCUCUUCUUCUGACAAAUCAAACAGGCUACCAAAACGUUUGAACAUGCUUGCUGGAUGUCUGAUAAAGAAAACUUUUCUUUAUUUGGACCACUAAUAAAAUGUCAUAUUAACCGUUGUUUGGUUGAUAGUAAAAAAGGACAGAGAGUUAUGACAGUGGCAGACACCUGGGAGGGCAAGCGGGUGGGCAAUCCUCUCAAUAUUUUGGAGGACAAUGGUAUUUAGUUCUAAUACAAUGGAAAAAUGUGACAUCUUCUUAUGAAAAUAAUAGGCUUGCCCCCCCCCCCUAAUAUUUGACCAAGUGUCUGCCCCUGAGCCUCGAUAACAGGAGAGCAUACCUAAAUAAGGUACCUCAUAGUUAUUUUGAAAAUAGGUUCUGUCAACUAUCAACUGUAAACAAGAGUUUUAGAAAUCCCAUGAAACUACAGUGAUCACACCACAGGGAAGCAGCUUCUUGCAGAGGACACAUAUUUGCCAUAAUUGAUGUCUUUAAUGCUUAAGUUCUGCUCUUUAUUGCUUGACUGUUACUACUUUGCUUGUGAAAUUAUGUAAGAAUAUGAAUUCACCAUGUGUCUUUAAGGGAAUUUCUUCGCAUAUGAUAAAAAGUUGAAGUAAGACAAGUCAAUGAUAGUGCUAAAGACAACUUCGCCUGUAGGGGCAACCCAUUCUUUCUGUAAUGUUAGGUUCAAAGCUCCAUCCCUAAAAUCUCAAAACUUUUAGAGAUGCCACAGAAUAAGUUAUAAAUCAAAGCUGUCUUUAUUUUUUGCUUCUUUAGAAUUAUACUGUUUCAAUGUAUCUAUCCAUAUAUAACAAACUGAACGUUUAAAGAUAACUUCCUCUACUAAACAGUUUAAUAUUAGACCAAAUAAAGUAGAAAAUUGAUUAUGAGGAUAUAGUCUUUCAUCACAGCAUGCUACAUUUAUAAACAUCAUCCUGCUGUCUGCAAUAAUGCAAUGUAACACAAGCUUGCAAGUGAUACUGAUAACUAACAAUGACUCAGCAGUUUCGAAGCAAGGUCCAAGUUGAAAACAAUAAUGAAAUGAAAUAACAAAUUACAAUGAAAUAAAAAAUUUUAAUUCAAAACAUGCAAUAAAUAUAAUACCAGCUUCCAUCAGGUGAAUAAUCUUCUCUCACUGUACCCCAUUGCCUCUCUGAUAGAUAAGGACCCCAUCUUUUCCAAUUCUUCUCUCGCUUGUCAUCUUGUCGCAAACGCUGAACUUCUUCUGUGUCAAACUCAUAAAGAACUUGCCACUUUGCACUGUUUGACUUAUGAAUCUCCUUGCCGUUUGCAUCGGUUGGUUGUUGCUUCCCAGACAUAUUGAAGUGCUGAGAACUAAAAACCGCCCUUGUUUACAAGCGGAUCGAUGCCUAGGCCACAACAGGAGGGUGCAACAACGGCAACAGCAAUAAACAUUCUUGUCUGCCACCGCAAGUUCAAAAUAUUUACAUGAGUUUUGUGCUCGCAGCGUCCAAAACUGGGAAACAGAAUCUAUUCUGUGACCUGGAUCGAUUUCGGAAAAACCAUUAAUUCCAACGCAAUAAAUCACUUUUUACCUCAGCAUGUUACCUCAUCAAUAAGCACACAUCUAUUUCAAUAUCUAUAAUUAGUGAAAACUCAAAGUGAAAACCUCAACGUAAUCUUCUCGAAGCGACUAGAGGAGGGGGGCUAGGUGGGUUAGGAUUAUUUAGGCCUUGACCCUGUCUUGGCUAUUGAUAGCCCUGUAUGUUUUUUAUAACAACUAGAAGUAUCAAGGAUAAUACAAGAUCCAACCGUAAGACGGGAAGCUUUAAAUGAGUUGCGCGAUUUAUACAAAGGUGAAAACGAUAUUAAGGAAUAGUUUGGGUUCACGCAGAAAAAAUCAGCAAAUUCCUCUAGAAAAAAAUUUUGCAGCAAAACAAGACAAUGAAAAUAGAAUAAGUCAUGAAAUAUUUCAGAUGAUGAUCCGUGUAGACAAACGUCAGAAGUACCUUCUGGAAUAAAUGUUGAUCAGCAACUAAAUACACAAAAUAUUAUGGCUGGAAUAAAACUUUUUCUAAACUCAGCAUUACAACCUACAAGAAUACAGCCUACAGAAAUACAUUCGAGCAAACUUGUUAAAAAUUCAGAUAUUUGUCAACGUCCAACUAUGAUGCUCACACUUCGCCUUGAUUAUCGUCCACAUUAUAUUCAACCCAAUCAUGGGCGAUGGGUGCUGACAACAUCGUAUCUGUGAUAGCAAAGGCAUCACACAAGUCCAACGCAUGUGGUGCAAUGGAGCGACAAAGUUCUGCCGACUUAGCGUUGACUUCCCCUGCACUUCUCUUUGACAGUCCACCAUGAAGCAAGAACCAACCAAGAUCUCUUUCCAGAAUGUUCAACAAGUACAAAUGAUAGAGAUCUGUUAGUAUUGGCUUCAGAGACUCGUCGGCUGUUUUGAGAGUUUCCGCAAAUCUCUCGCUUACAAGACACUCAACAUACGAUUUUGCACAAGCCUGCACAAGAUCACUUUCUUCCAGCAUCCAUGACUUGUACAGCCCACUAGGGCCUGCCUCCAUCAUCUUUCCGCCUAGAGUCAUAAAAAGCAGUUGCUCUCUGUUUUCCAACAGAUAGUGCAAAUACGACAGGUCAGAAAUAUUCUCUGUAGGAGACUCUAGACUUUUUGGUCUGAAUGCAGUAAGGCGUUCUUUGGCUACCUUUUGCAUGAGAACAGAGUUGUCACCUUCAGCUGUCAUUGCUGCGUGUGCAAGUCCUAUGAAAGUACCGAAUCUAUUGCAGGAUAGGUAACCCUGCCCACCACAUCUUUCUCUUGUUGUUGAUGCGACUUCUUCACAGUGCCAAGAUGCCAUUGGCUUAAUUGCACAGCACAUUGUGACGAUUUCAGGGUGCUCAGAGCCAUCCUUGUUUUGAAAAGCCCAUCUGUCCUUCACGUAAUCCAAAGCUAGAUUGAUUGCAUAUGUUCUAGCCAGUAAUGGCAUGAGGGCACGUUGUUGAAGCUGAUAAGCUAAAAUGGGAGUAUCCGACUUCCCUUUGGGUCCUACAGUUAAUCUUGUGGCAGAAUAUCUUAAUGCAAUAGUCAGUGCAGCUUUACUAGCUCCCAUAGACAUACUUGCAAUGCAAAUUCGCCCUGAAAGUAAUUGAUCCGCAACAGUCAAAAACCGCUUCCUGUUCCCAUCUAUCUUGCUUGUGAAUUUUCCAUCUUCAGAAACAUCAGAGUACAGAUUAAGAAGAUUUUCACGAGGCACUCGAACGUUGUCAAAGAAUAACUUAGCAUUGUCAACACCAUUGCCUGACAUUUUGUAACCCAUGUCCUCAAUUCGCACACCUGGCAUUGGCUUCAGAUUAUCAUCUCUUAUGCGGACAAGGACCCCAUGAAUACCAUGACAUUUAUCAUCAGUGUAAAGCUGAGAAAAGACAACGGCCCAUUUGGCAUGGACAGCCCCGUUUGUGAUCCAGUACUUCUGUGCAACUGUCGUAGGUGUGUUCACGAUGAACUCUUUCGUAGCUGGAUCAUAUAUGGCAGUGGUCUCCAUUUCAACCGCAUUAUUCCCAUAGCCAAGUUCAGUCAGGCCAAAACAACCAACAUC